CGCCAACGCUAUUCUAGUAAACUGUUUCUUCCGGUAUAGCCACGGGUUCGAUAUCGUACAGAAUCACAAUGCGCUCGCUUUCGGUAGCAAUUUGUUUGGGCAUCGCAUUGGUGCAACUGCUCGGCAGUGCUAGCUGUGUGCCGUCGUCAGAAGAGGCGCAGGUUCUCAGGAGCGUUGUCACGAUCGAAACAGUAUCGGAUAUCGAUGCGUUCCGCAGGGCCAACCCGGAGCUCACUGUCGCCAAGCUGCCAUCGACGAAAGCAGAGGUAGCCGAAGGCCGCCAGCAGAUCGUCUAUACGCUAGGGUAUCAUAUUGCGAACGAGCGGCUCAUUGGACUGUCUUCGGACAACAAGUCCUGGUCUACACCGCAGAACGUGAAGCUUGAUCUGGAGUAUCCGACGGUGGGCAGCGGGAACGUUGUAUCUUACGUCGAGGUGGUGGUUAAUCAGAGCACGCCCAACGGCGUUGGCUACCUCGUGUCUGGAGGUGUCGGUCAACGCCACGUUCGCCUGGUGAUAGAGGCAUACGGCACAACCUACUUCAACUACAAUGCCGCCAUCUAUGGGUACUAGCCGCUUCUAACCGCGAUACGAAGUACGAACGCAAAUGAAAAUAGAACCAAUCGAGUACACCUGAAUGUUUGAUUGUUUACUUGCAAGUGUUUUCGUUUUGAUUUGCUGCAAUGUUUUGCUUUAACGUUUGCAGGU